GCAGAGAAGCCCAAAGUGAAGCAGCCGACCGGGCCUGGCCGGGAUGGUGCAGCGGCGACUCCGCGGCGCACACACGCACUGAGCGGGCCCGCGCUGGGCCCCGCGCCCCCCGCGCCCCCCGCCGCCCCGAUCCCGGCCGGCAUGAUGUGCCUGGAAUGCGCCUCGGCGGCGGCGGGCGGCGCGGAGGAGGAGGAGGCGGACGCGGAGCGGCGGCGCCGGCGCCGGGGGGCUCAGCUCGGGGCUGGCGGUGGCGGCUGCUGCGGGGCGCGGGGAGCAGGAGUCACCGGAGUCACCCGAGUCACGACCGCCGACGAGGAGGUGCAGACUCUGUCUGGCAGCGUGAGGCGGGCCCCGUCCGGCCCCGCCAGCACCCCCGGCUGCGCAGCUCCUGCCAAGGGCCCCGGCGCGCAGCAGCCCAAACCUGCCAGCUUGGGCCGCGGGCGGGGGGCAGCUGCGGCCAUCCUCAGCUUGGGCAACGUGCUCAACUACCUGGACAGGUACACGGUAGCAGGCGUGCUUCUUGACAUCCAACAGCACUUCGGGGUCAAGGAUCGAGGAGCCGGCUUGCUGCAGUCAGAUUGUGUUCAGGCCUCUUUGCUGAUCUGGGACAUCCACGAAGGCCAGAAGAUGGCUUCUCUCUUGUCUGCCACAGCAGAGGGAGGUUCUGUUAAGAUGAAUUAUCCCCCCGACACUCCCUUUGAGUCCCUUGUCCCCAAGGAGAAAGAAGGCACAGGGAUCAGGCAGGAGCCAUGUAGAUAUGGCUCCAGCUAUAAAGUGGACAGACUUGUGUUUAUCUGCAGCUUCAUGGUGGCUGCCCCCAUCUUCGGCUACCUGGGUGACCGCUUCAACCGGAAAGUGAUCCUGAGCUGUGGCAUUUUCUUCUGGUCAGCAGUCACGUUCUCCAGCUCCUUCAUUCCCCAGCAGCACUUCUGGCUGCUGGUCCUGUCUCGGGGGCUAGUGGGCAUCGGCGAGGCCAGCUACUCCACCAUCGCGCCCACCAUCAUCGGCGACCUCUUCACCAAGAACACGCGCACCCUCAUGCUCUCUGUCUUCUACUUUGCCAUCCCGCUGGGCAGUGGCCUGGGCUACAUCACCGGCUCCAGCGUGAAGCAGGCAGCUGGAGACUGGCACUGGGCCUUGCGGGUGUCCCCCAUCCUGGGCAUGAUCACAGGAACACUCAUCCUUGUCCUGGUCCCGGUCACUAAGAGAGGCCUAGCUGACCAACUCGGAGGGCAGCUCAAGGCACGGACCUCAUGGCUUCGAGACAUGAAGGCCUUGAUUCGCAAUCGCAGUUACGUCUUCUCCUCCCUGGCUACGUCCGCCGUGUCCUUUGCCACAGGGGCCCUGGGCAUGUGGAUACCGCUCUACCUGCACCGGGCCCAAGUUGUGCAGAAAACGGCAGAGACCUGCAACAGCCCACCCUGUGGGGCCAAGGACAGCCUCAUCUUUGGGGCCAUCACCUGCUUUACGGGCUUCUUGGGUGUGGUCACAGGGGCAGGAGCCACGCGCUGGUGCCGCCUGCGGACCCAGCGGGCCGACCCCCUGGUGUGUGCUGUGGGCAUGCUGGGCUCCGCCAUCUUCAUCUGCCUCAUCUUUGUGGCCGCCAAGAGCAGCAUUGUGGGGGCCUAUAUCUGUAUCUUUGUCGGGGAAACACUGCUGUUUUCUAACUGGGCGAUCACAGCAGACAUCCUCAUGUAUGUGGUCAUCCCUACCAGACGGGCCACAGCGGUGGCCCUGCAGAGCUUCACCUCCCACCUGCUGGGGGACGCCGGAAGCCCCUACCUCAUAGGCUUUAUCUCCGACGUGAUCCGCCAGAGUACUAAGGACUCCCCACUCUGGGAGUUCCUGAGCCUGGGCUAUGCACUCAUGCUCUGCCCCUUUGUCGUGGUCCUGGGCGGCAUGUUCUUCCUUGCCACCGCUCUCUUCUUCCUCAGUGACCGUGCCAAGGCUGAGCAGCAGGUGAACCAGUUGGUGAUGCCUCCCGCAUCUGUGAAAGUCUGAGGUGGUGCCAAUGGAAUAAUGAAGAGCCCUCUUUCUUGGGAGGCCUUUUCCAACACGCUGGCCCCGCUGGGCUACCCCAAAAUAGCCAGUGUGACCCAGGGCUGGGCACCCAUGCUCUCUGGCCUGGGACUACUGAGUGGCCGUGGUUCCAAGAGGCUGUAUCAACUAACCUGGAAGGCUAUGUGUGCUGGAGCCAUGUGGUUGGACAGACUGCCAGCCCUAGGUUUAGGCUUCAGGGCCCCUGGGGUCCAAGGAAAAGACAGCUCCCGGUGGGGGUAUCAGGAGAGCAGGGCCUGUCACUGUCUUACAUGUUCCUGGGGAAUGCCCUGCCUUCCCCAGACUGUGCAGUCAGGGGGCUGGCCUUUCCCACGCAGCAGUGUGUCAGGCAAGGCACUAUCUGUGGCUUUGAAGAUGCAGCAGCUCCCGGGCCACACAGAGAAGGGUCAGCCCAGGCCUCUGGACAGCACUUCAGGCUCUGAAGGACCUGGCUUAUGGGAACCACAGCCGUCCAGCUGGGACUCAACCUGGCAGCUGGACACCUGGGUCACUGGAUGCUCCCUGGCUGGCCACUUGGGAGGACUCUAGCUUCCACCUGGAUACCUCUCAGGUGGGGAUCGUCCUGAUGGAGUUGGCGUCACCAGGGAUGGCAGCACUGGAUGCAGCUGUACACCACCUGUGCCCUCAGGCUUGAGAUCUUUGGGAACUGGCCACCCCUACAGGGCCCCUUGCAGCCCCCCCCCCGACACCUUUGCUGUAAGCCUUCUCCCUGGGUCUCCACAGGAUCCAGGAACCCAUUGCUACCCCAGGCCAAACCUUUUCCAGGGGGCAGGGCCUAGGGGACUAUUCCCAGAACUCAUGGGGCAGUAGCCAGGGCUCUGACUGCCAGAGGAAGCAGUCGUCCACUAAGCUUCCUGUUCCAGGGAAGAGCCUGGUGGAGGUGGAGGCCUUUGGUGAGAGGCCAAGGAGCCAUAGGCCCCUCCACCCAACACUGGCUGCUGUUGUUCUCACGUGUAUUUCCACACAGCCCAGCACUCCCCCGGCCCGACACCCGUUCUCACAGCCACACACUAGAGUGCAGCUGCCAACUUCACACAAGACUCCCGGCUCCUUGGUGGGUGCCUCAUAUCCUCUGCCCCCCAUGCCCCUGUGUACUUGCUGAAUCAAGGUGGUUCUGGUCUGGCUGUGGCCAGCAGGAGACCCUAAGAGCCAGCUUAGACAAUGCUAUCUUUGCUCUGUAGUUACUGGCUGGUGUGGCUUCAGUGGUGUGUAAGCUAGUGGAAUGCCCACUCCCCACCAAGUGCUGGGACACCAUGGGGGGCGGGACACCUAACCAAGGGGAGGGCUCCCCUCAAGACCAGCCUGGUCUCCCCUCUCACCCCAGCCUCAACUGGGGCCUCAGCAAUGUUUUCUUGUUGUACAAGAACAGGUCCAAGUGUUGCCUCCUCUUCCUUCCGGAAGCCAAACUGCUCCUUUAUUUUUUAGAGCUGUUGAUUGUGAAUCUCAGAGUCUUAAGAGAAGCCAAAUAUAUUCCUCUUGUAAAUGAAGAAAUAAACCUAUUUAAAUCAUGCA